AACUUCUGUAUUUAAGCAUCUCCCACUGCUCCCAUUUCUCAGACUCCGGCACUCAGGUCUCGUUUCCCUCCGUUCCUUCAAAAAAAAAAAGAAAAAAAAAGGGAUCAGACAUUCUCGGAGAGUUUAGUUUGUGCUCAUGGGGACUGUUGAGGCUGCAAGCAAAGAGGCAAAUGGUAGCUUAACUGAGAAAAAGCCUACUGUUGUUUUUGUUUUGGGUGGACCAGGCAGUGGAAAGGGUACCCAAUGUGCAAAUAUUGUCCAACAUUUUGGUUAUACACAUCUCAGUGCUGGAGAUCUUCUCCGAGCUGAAAUCAGUUCUGGUUCUGAGAAUGGAACCAUGAUUCAAAACAUGAUCAAAGAAGGGAAGAUUGUCCCUUCUGAGGUAACAAUUAAGCUUCUUCAGAAAGCAAUGCAGGAAAGUGGUAAUGACAAAUUCCUUAUUGAUGGUUUCCCUAGAAAUGAGGAAAACCGUGCAGCGUUUGAAGCUGUUACCAAAAUUGAGCCAGCAUUUGUUCUGUUCUUCAAUUGUCCUGAAGAAGAAAUGGAGAGGCGCCUUCUGAAUAGAAAUCAGGGAAGAGAAGAUGAUAACAUUGAGACAAUAAGGAAGCGGUUUAAAGUCUUUCUGGAGUCCAGUCUUCCUGUCAUUGAAUAUUAUAAAGCCAAGGAGAAAGUUAGAGAGAUUGAUGCUGCAAAGCCCGUUGAAGAUGUGUUUGAGGAUGUUAAAGUCAUCUUUACCCCAAAAGAUGAGAAGGCCACUGCCUAGAGGUGUUGCUACUCUAUCAGAGAUUGAGAACAAAUUCAGUGGAGGUGACAAUCUUAUCUAUGAAAUUUUAGAGAAUCGAAUAUUUUGAUGCCUUUGUGCUCUGGCAUGAAAGAAUAUUUGAUACCAACUUUCUUUUCAGCCACUGAUAUCAUUAUCUCUUGCAAGGGAUGCCAUGUGUUUGCGCCAAAUUAUUGUAGGAGGAUCUUGUGCAUCGAACAUUAGUAUUUUUGCUUUUCCCUUUCUUUAUACCAGGUUAUAGUCUGUGAUGAGAAGGCCCCUGCCUCUAUUUUUGUAUUCAUAACAAGAUUCAUGGCAAUGAUAUCAAAUAAUGUUACUUUCACUAAUUGGAAGCAUCUGAUUUCAACUUUUUCUGGUCAAUCAUCCAGAGAAAAGCGAAAUAAUAGAACCCAAACAUCUAA